CAGGGCUUCCUCUCAGCACCUGGGGCAGGGUCGCUGCGCCUCCCGCUUCGCCUUCCCCAAGCUAGCCCCCUGUCGUAGCGGCACGGGGACCCCCGGCCGGCGGAGAGCAGCCCGGUGGUCAGCAACUGAGGCCCAGGGCGAAGUCCGUAGUAUUUGUUGCGGUGAGAGGCCCCCUCUGGGAAGACUGUUCGUCUGUCUGUCCGGCAGUGAUAGCCUUUCCAUGCUAGGGACGCCCGAAACCAACAUGCCUGUUCCCUCGCCUAAGGAGCCCUCUGCUUGUAAAAGGAGAACACAUGAAAAUCUACAACGAAAGUAGGAAAGUGCCCUGUGAGAAGAACAGGUACAGUGAGAGAUGUGGGGUUCAGAGAUCACAUCCCAGAACUACACUGUAGGGACAACCUUUGAUUUCAUCCCAGACUGGAAGCACCAAAUGAGUCCCGCUAACUGAACGGUCACCCUGGGUCAGUGCUUGGUUGUAAAGUUAAUAAACCAGGAUCCUUUGAUAGAGCUUUUAAAAUGAAAAGGAUGCUUAUGUAUUACUUUUCAUUUUACAGUUGAAAUCAAAUUAGACCAAAAUUUCCUAAUGGCACCAUGACACAGUCCCUUAGUUAAAUAGCAGUUGGAAGAAUAGCAUGGUCCUGCAUCUUUGUGUAAGGACACACUGCAUAUUAAAUGAACAUAAUCCAAUCAUCAUUUAUUGAGCACACUUUCUGUUGUUAGAUGUUGAAUGAAAUGUAGAGAUGUACAGGAGAUUUGCAUGGUAAAAUUGUAGUUUAAAGUAACGAUACCAAUACUACUGAAUGUUUAGUGAGUACUUUCAUAUGCCAGGCACAUGAUCCCAUUUAAGAGAUCCAAGAUCACACAACUGUAAGGUGUGAUGUUAAAAUUGGUGCUUAACUAUUAACCUACGUCACUUUCUUUCUAAAGGAUUAUGUUAAAAUUGCAACGAUUUUUAUUGUUCUCAAAGGAGAGUGUGUUGCUUUUAACACUUGGUGCUGCUAUAUUGCCUUGCAGUUAACUUUGAGUGUGAGUUUUCUAUCCCCUGACUCCUUGAGAGGAACUGAUUUACACAGCAAGCACCCAGGACAGUGCCUUGAAGGGUCAUGUUGUUGUUGUUAUGUGCCCUCUGGUUGAUGGGGACUCCUAGCGACCCAUAAGACAGAGUAGAACUGCCCCGUAGGGUUUCCCAGGCUGUAAUCUUUACGGAAGCAGAUCUCCAGAUCUUUCUCCCACGGAGCACUGAGUGGACUCAAACCACCAGCCAUUCAGUUAGCAGCCAAACGUUUAGCCAUUAUGCCAGCAGGGGGGUCCUUGAAGGGUUAUAAAUGGUCACUAAAUAUGACACGUUAAUUUAUUGUGUGAUUGUUGAGUAGUUCCCCACCCCCCGCCCCCCGACUGUUGGAGAAGGAAGGUCUUUGUAGACAUUUCUUCAAUUUGGUGAUUCUGUACUAAAUAAUGAGAAGCCUUAAAAUUUAGUUAAGGAAAUUCAUGUAUAAAUGAAUUUGACUAUAAACAAGAGUUAGGCUGCCUCUAUCCUGGCAAUUCUUAUGUAAAAUGCCAUAAGGAAAUUACCUAGGACAAUAUUCAGUUACCUAGAAUAUUUGAUUUUAAAUUAUCUUUGAAAAUCUUUUUUAUUCUCCUGAAGGAACUACUAAACUUUUGCUGAUGAGAAUUAUAUGACUGACCUUUAUUCCUUUUCACUUUGAUUUCCAGGAAGCUCAGAGCCAAAAAAUUCUUUGUAUUUUUAUUUUCUGCUAUUCUUUGUGUUUUCCCUGGUCCACACUCCCUAUUAGUAUUUAUAGUUUAUCAUUUGUUUUCCUGCAUUUGUUCAUUACCACUGCUUCAAGUCCUUUGUGGAACACAACAGUAUAUAAUUAAGUAAAAAUAACAUAAUUAUACUGAACCUGGCAUGCUGUUUGAAGUACGCUUUGUAGAACUGGUGAUGUUUAACCUAAUGAACCAGAAAAUUACUGCUACCUAUAUAAAUCUCUGGGUAUUUGAAGUACCAUGUGGGAAAAUGAUUAGACUUAUUAUGAAUAGUUUCUAGAGAUCAAAGGAAGAGUUUAGGUUAACAGAUUUUUUAUUUAAUGAUGGGAGAGGUGUGUGGUAUAAUAGAAUGAUCAGGAACUUUGGAUUCAAUCAGCCUUGGGUAUCAGCCUUAAUACACUUUCUAAUAAUGUCAGUUUGGGCGAGUAAUUUAAUACCUAAUCUCAGCUUUACUCAUCUGUAAAUUGGGAAAAUUAUAGCAGUAUAUGUAAUACCUACCUCAAGUAGUCUGAGGAUUUAGUGAGCUGGUGUGCGUAAAAGGGCCUAAUACAGUACCUGACAAAGAGCCCCCCUCAAACUGUUAGUUUCUUUAUACAAAUGUCAUAUAGAUGCAUUAAACUUUUUCUCUAAUACAACAGGAUGCCCUAGAAUAGGAAAAAUAUCAUAACUAGAAAAACGAUCUAGAAGCAUAUUUUACUGGUAGUGGCCGUAUAGAUUAUAGAUAGUGUUAUGUUUAUAUGGAAAGUAUAAACCUCAUAGAGUUGUUGUGAGAAUUAAGUGAGAAUACAUAUAAAGUAGCCCAAACUGUGUAUGGCACAUAAAAACCAGUUGCCGUUGAGUCGCCUGCAACUCAUAGUGAGCCCAUACGUGUCAGAGUAGAACUGUGCUUCAUAGAGUUUCCAGUGGCUGAUUUUUGAGAAGUAGUAGAUUACCCGGCCUAUCUUCCAGGACAUCUCUGGGUAGACUCAAACCUCCAACCUUUCGGUUAGCACCCUGGUGUGUUAAUUGUUUGCACCACCCAGGGACUCCGUCUAAUACAUACCAAAAACCAAACCAAACCCAGUGCUGUCAAGUGGAUUCCGACUCAUAGCGACCCUAGUGCUCAAAUUUUGUCCUUUUUUCCCCUCUCCCUAAUAUCCAGAUCUCACUCAGUAUAAGAAGAACUUACAGGGCUUGCAGGCCAAAAUAGUAAAGAUCUUUUGACCAUUACUAUACCAUCAUAAUUUAACUUUGGCUUUAUAAAGACUAAAUGUAUCUGUUCAUCUUGUUUCUUGACACUCAUGGACUCCUUGAUUUUACCCUUUCACUUUCGCUUUCCUGUUAGCUCAACCUGGCUGAGUUCUUCUUUGAAUUACAGGUGAUUCUACCUGAAUUUUCCAGCUGCAGAAUGUGUAAUACCUUUAAAGGUAAAUGAAAACUGAAACAGGUUGGCAGUGAUGAAUCAGCUGGAAUUAAAGGAAGACAAGAUGCUGGAGGUUCGAUUCGUGGGGGAUGAUGAUGUUCUUAAUCACAUUCUUGAUAGAGAAGGAGGAGCUAAAUUAAAAAAGGAACGAACUCAGCUUUUGGUCAAUGCAAAAAAAAUAAUAAAGAAGCCGGAAUGUGACUUGGAGGAAGAUGACCAGGAAGUCCUAAAAGAUCAGAAGUAUGUGGAAGUUUUGGGAAGAGAUAUUCCAGAAUCCUUGAAAAAUGGCUCUGCUGCAAAUGGUGGGAAUAAAGUUUAUUCUUUUCAAAAUAGAAAACACUCUGAAAAGCUGGCUAAACUAGCUUCAGAACUAGCAAAAACACCAAGAAAAAGCAUUUCGUGUAAUUUGAAGGAUGAUCCUGAAGUAACAAUAAACAUUCCUCAAAGUAGCAAGGGCCAUUCUCCUUCAGACAAAGUUCAGCUGAAGAACAGUGACAAAAGUGAAUUUCUGUCAACAAAAUCUAGUGGUCUAAGGAAAAGAUUAAUAGUUCCAAGUUCUCAUUCUGACAGUGAAAGUGAGUAUUCUGCUUCCAACUCAGAGGAUGAUGAAAGAGUUGCACAGGAAUAUGAAGAGGACAGUAAUGAAGUCGUAUUGAGCCAAAAGAUCCAAGCCCAGAACAGAGUAGUUUCAGCUCCUGUUUGCAAAGUAACACCUUCUAAGAAGAUGAAGAGAAAUAAAACAAAUGACUUAGUAGAAGAGUAUUUUGAAGCUCAUAGCAGUUCAAAAGUUUUAACCUCUGAUAGAACACUCCAGAAACUAAAGAGAGCAAAACUGGAUCAGCAAACUUUGCGUAACUUACUGAGCAAAGUUUCUCCUUCCUUUUCUGCUGAACUUAGACAACUAAAUCAGCAACAUGAGCAGUUAUUUCAUAAGUGGAUGUUGCAGUUACACCUGGGAUUCAACAUUGUGCUUUAUGGUUUGGGAUCUAAGAGAGAUUUACUAGAAAGGUUUCGAACCACCAUGCUGCAAGAUUCUGUUCAUGUUGUCAUCAAUGGCUUUUUUCCUGGAAUCAGUGUGAAAUCAGUCCUGAAUUCUAUAACAGAAGAGGUCCUUGAUCAUGUGGGUACUUUCCGCAGUGUACUGGAUCAGCUAGACUGGAUACUAAACAAAUUUAAAGAAGAUUCUUCUUUAGAACUCUUCCUGCUCAUCCACAAUUUGGAUAGCCAAAUGUUGAGAGGAGACAAGAGUCAGCAAAUUAUUGGGCAGUUGUCAUCUUUGCGUAACAUAUAUCUUAUAGCUUCUAUUGAUCACCUCAAUGCUCCCCUCAUGUGGGAUCAUGCAAAGCAGAGUCUUUAUAACUGGCUCUGGUAUGAAACUACUACAUAUAGUCCAUAUACUGAAGAAACUUCCUAUGAGAAUUCUCUUCUGGUUAAACAGUCUGGAUCAUUACCACUUAGUUCCCUAAUUCAUGUCAUACGAAGCCUUACUCCUAAUGCAAGGGGGAUUUUCAGGCUACUAAUAAAGUAUCAGCUGGAUAACCAGGAUAACCCUUCUUACAUUGGACUUUCUUUUCAAGACUUCUACCAGCAAUGUCGGGAGGCAUUCCUCGUCAACAGUGAUCUGACACUUCGGGCCCAGUUAACUGAAUUUAGGGACCACAAGCUUAUAAGAACAAAGAAGGGAACUGAUGGAGUGGAGUAUUUAUUAAUUCCUGUUGACAAUGGAACAUUGACUGAUUUCCUGGAAAAGGAAGAAGAGGAGUCUUGAAGGCUACCCUUUACUCUUGAACCUUCUGUGGAAGGGUUGUUGUACUCCAGCUGCCACUCCUUUAGUCAAAGGUGUUGUGUUUACAUCCAGCAUUAUUUUUCCAGUGCACAAGAUUAAAUUUGGGGGGGAGGGGAAUUUCAUCAGUUAGAACUUUUGACUAGCCUGUCUGGUGUACCAUCUUUAGUACUGUGCAGCUGUCCUCAAGUUGGGGAAAUGUGCCUUUCAUUCAUUACCUCUCUGGAGACUUCUUGUUGGAAUGAACAGUGUGCUCAGGGACUAUUUGGAACUGGAUGUUUUUGAAUUUUUUUAUACUAGAAAUGAUAUUAUUCCUAAUUUUUUGAGGGCCUUUUGACACUCUCGAGCUGACUGACUGCAAGCUUGCUUGCUGCCGAGUGUGGAAAUAAGAAGGCACGGGCAUCAUCUGUUCUAUUUGCUGUUCCGUGUGUCUGACUGAUGAGUACAGUGGAGAAGACAGAUCAUCUCUUACUGCUUCUGAAAUGACUAACAAAAGAUGUGGACUGGGAAGAAGCAGGCAAUCCAGCUCUCUCCUUUUGGACUAGGCUGCAUACUGUGGUGGGGAGGGGACAGGAGGGGAGCAGUGACACCAUUCAGUUGGGAGAGUGGGAAAAACAUAAGGAGUUUAUGGGGUAUGUACCCAACCUAGGAAGCACAUGAACAAUAGAUCAAGACACUCAGAACAGUUAAAGUCUGUGCAGUCACCUUCAGGGUACAAGUGAGAUGCCAGGCUAGAAAAACAAAAUCCUUAAUUUAGUAAUUGUUUCCGAGACAAGAGAAAGUAAAACAUUUCAGUAUUCUUGUAUAUUGACAUAGUUUUCUUUUCUUGAAUAACAUGCAGGUGAGUAGCAUAUUGAUGGCUGGCUUUAAAGAUUUCACUAUCAAGUAGAUCUAAAAAUAUCACUGCUAAGGUAUUUCAGUUUUUUCUUAAAGUGAUAAUUUCAAGCCUUGUAGAGAUUUAUAUGAGCCUAUUUUCUUAGGAAAGAAAAAAGGGUAACCUUGGCCACUGUUGCCAGCUUAGAGUCUACAUACUCCCUGAAAUAUUUCAUACCUGGAAAUGAAAUUGUUAAAAUAUCACUAUAAUAAAGUAUGUACUGCAACGGCA